AUGGGUGACGAGGAAGUUGCGGCUCUUGUGGUGGACAAUGGCAGCGGCAUGUGCAAGGCUGGCUUUGCGGGCGACGACGCACCCCGCGCCGUGUUCCCGUCCAUUGUCGGCAGGCCCAAGAUGCCUGGCAUCAUGGUGGGUAUGGACCAGAAGGACAGCUAUGUGGGAGACGAAGCACAGUCCAAGCGAGGUGUGCUCACCCUGAAGUACCCCAUCGAGCACGGCAUCGUGACCAACUGGGAUGAUAUGGAGAAGAUUUGGCAUCACACGUUCUACAAUGAGCUGCGCGUUGCGCCUGAGGAGCACCCGGUGCUCUUGACAGAGGCACCGCUGAAUCCAAAGGCCAACCGAGAGCGUAUGACCCAGAUCAUGUUUGAGACCUUCAACGUCCCUGCGAUGUACGUCGCCAUCCAGGCGGUGCUGUCCUUGUACGCCUCCGGACGUACCACAGGCAUCGUGAUGGACAGUGGUGAUGGCGUCAGCCACACGGUUCCCAUCUACGAGGGCUAUGCGCUGCCUCACGCCAUCCUGCGAUUGGACUUGGCCGGACGUGACCUGACGGAGUACAUGAUGAAGAUCCUCACCGAGCGCGGCUACUCCUUCACCACCACGGCGGAGCGCGAGAUUGUGCGAGACGUGAAGGAGAAGCUUUGCUACAUCGCCUUGGAUUUCGACAGCGAGAUGAAGGCCGCUUCGGAGAGCAGCGACAAGGAGAAGACCUACGAGUUGCCGGACGGCAACAUCAUCACCGUGGGCAGCGAGCGCUUCCGCUGCCCGGAGGUGCUCUUCCAGCCCAGCUUCGUGGGCAAGGAGGCCAGCGGCAUCCACGACACGACCUUCCAAUCCAUCAUGAAGUGUGAUGUCGAUAUCAGAAAGGACCUGUACGCCAACGUGGUGCUGUCCGGCGGCACGACCAUGUUUGUGGGCAUCGGCGAGCGCAUGACCAAGGAGCUGACUGCGCUGGCACCGUCCACAAUGAAGAUCAAGGUCGUGGCCCCCCCUGAGCGAAAGUACAGCGUUUGGAUUGGUGGAUCCAUUCUGUCCUCCCUGAGCACCUUCCAGCAGAUGUGGAUCUCCAAGGGGGAGUACGACGAGAGCGGCCCCACCAUUGUGCACCGCAAGUGCUUCUAG